CGCUGGAGACCGGCGGGGCCGCCGCGCCCGACACUGCCCCGGCGCUCGCCCCGCUCCCGGCCCGCUCCCGGCCUCGCCAAAGCGCUUUCUCCCUUUCCUCGUUUCGGAGCUUUUUGGUUUUCUUGUUUUUUUGCAAUUUUUUAGCGGGUUUUUUGUGCUGAGGAGAAGUGAUAAAAAGUUUUUUUGCGAACUUCUCGCGGUUCUUCCCCCUCCUCUGCGCAGCCGGUGGAGACUUUGUUUCUCCGAGUUUUUACUUUUUUAGCCCAUCCCUGCCCCUUAGCGCCCAACUAUUUUAUUUUCUUUUUUUAUUAUUAAUUUUUUUCGCCCCCUUGUUCCCCCUCGGCCGCUUUCUCGCAUGAAUCUCCUCGACCCUUUCAUGAAAAUGACAGAAGAACAGGACAAAUGUAUCUCCGACGCCCCCAGCCCCACCAUGUCGGAUGACUCCGCCGGCUCCCCCUGCCCCUCUGGAUCCGGCUCGGACACGGAGAACACCAGACCCCAAGAGAACACCUUCCCCAAGGGCGACCCGGACCUGAAGAAGGAGAACGACGAGGACAAGUUCCCGGUGUGCAUCCGGGAGGCGGUGAGCCAGGUGCUGAAGGGCUACGACUGGACCCUGGUGCCGAUGCCGGUGCGGGUGAACGGCUCCAGCAAGAACAAGCCGCACGUCAAGAGACCCAUGAACGCCUUCAUGGUGUGGGCGCAGGCGGCCCGCAGGAAGCUGGCGGAUCAAUACCCGCAUCUGCACAACGCCGAGCUCAGCAAGACCCUGGGCAAGCUCUGGAGGCUGCUGAACGAGAGCGAGAAGCGCCCGUUCGUGGAGGAGGCCGAGCGGCUGCGGGUGCAGCACAAGAAGGACCACCCCGACUACAAGUACCAGCCCCGGCGGAGGAAGUCGGUGAAGAACGGGCAGGCGGAGCAGGAGGAGGGCGCGGAGCAGACCCACAUCUCCCCCAACGCCAUCUUCAAGGCGCUGCAGGCGGACUCGCCGCAGUCCUCCUCCAGCAUCAGCGAGGUGCACUCGCCCGGGGAGCACUCGGGCCAGUCCCAGGGUCCCCCCACGCCGCCCACCACCCCCAAGACGGACCCUCAGCCGGGCAAGCAGGACCUGAAGCGCGAGGGCCGCGCGCUGGGCGAGGGCGGCCGGCAGCCGCCGCACAUCGACUUCCGCGACGUGGACAUCGGCGAGCUCAGCAGCGACGUCAUCUCCAACAUCGAGACCUUCGACGUCAACGAGUUCGACCAGUACCUGCCACCCAACGGGCACCCGGGCCAGGUCACCUACACGGGCACCUACGGCAUCAGCGGCGCCGCCGGUGUCUGGAUGUCCAAGCAGCAGCAGCAGCCGCAGCAGCAGCCGGUGCUGAGCGCCGAGCAGGGCCCGCAGCAGCAGCAGCAGCAAAGGACGCACAUCAAGACGGAGCAGCUGAGCCCCAGCCACUACAGCGAGCAGCAGCAGCACUCCCCGCAGCAGCAGCAGCAGCAGCAGCUGAGCUACAGCUCCUUCAACCUGCAGCACUACAGCUCGUCCUACCCCAGCAUCAGCCGCGCGCAGUACGAGUACGGCGAGCACCAGGGCUCCUCGGGCUCCUACUACAGCCACGCCGGGCAGGGCAGCGGGCUCUACUCCACCUUCAGCUACAUGAGCCCCACGCAGCGCCCCAUGUACACCCCCAUCGCCGACACGGCGGGCGUGCCCUCCAUCCCCCAGACGCACAGCCCGCAGCACUGGGAGCAGCCCGUCUACACGCAGCUCACCCGGCCCUGAGGGAGGGGAGGGCGCCGCCAAAAAAGGCGAAAGAGCGACGGGAAAGUGUUGAAAGAAGUCAGAAAUGCGCGAGAAAAGCGGCCAGGACGAGUCGCCUCAGACUGAAAUUGAAAUGAUCAUUAAAAAGACGCUCACGUGGAAGCUGCGCCUCGAGCCUUCUGCACUACAGCAUCCUCCAGGACCCGCUCCCAGCCCCGAAAUUUGGGGCAGACUUGCCAAGGACUGGACUUGAACUCUGCUUCUUCCAGCGUGGAGAGGAGAUUUCCACCCAACCCGCCCAGCUGGCUCCUUCUCUGGACUUUUGUAAUGAUUUUUUUUUUUUUAGCAGUAAUUAAAAGCAAGAUAAAAAAAUAAAAAUAAAAAAAAA